UUUACGUGUAAAAUUUGUAUUAAAUUUUUGUACCAUAUCGCCAGUGAGAAACCCUGGACUCAUUUGCUGCUCAGUGAACGACUAAAAAUCCAGUAAGGUGAACAGCGAUCAACCGACAAGUUCAUAAUGAGCACAUCCACCGACCAGCCACCGCGCUUCGAUAGCGCCGAGACCAAUGGCUCUGAGAGCACAUCACAGCAGCAGGAGCAACAGCAGCAGCAGCAGAACCAGAACCAACCACAGAAUGCUCCGGCCAAGCUCUUGCAGCAUUUCCAAACGAAUCGAAUUGAUUCCGCACUGUGGGCCCUGCGGCUGCUAUCGAUAUUCUUUACCGUGAGCUAUGUGUUGCCCGUAUUUACUUCACAACAGAGCUCCUUCACCAAGGUUCUGUUGGCCAAUGCGGCCAUCUCUGCCCUGCGUCUUCAUCAACGUGUACCCGCCUUCUCGUUCAGUCGCGAAUUCCUGAGCAAAUUGUUUGCCGAAGACUCGUGUCACUACAUGGUGUACUCUCUGAUCUUCUUCAACAUUCGGCCGUCGCUCUUGGUCCUGGUCCCCGUGCUGCUCUACUCUGUGCUGCACGCCUCCAGCUAUUCACUUAAGUUGUUGGAUCUGAUUGGCCAGAACUCGUGGUGGGGCGCCCGUUUCAUCAUCUCGAUUGUGGAGUUCCAGGCGGCCAACAUACUGAAGGCCACAGCAUUCUGCGAGAUCUUCAUUAUGCCCUAUGCUAUUGUUCUUACUUUUAUGAGCCACGCGGGCCUGAUGACACCAAUUAUCUACUAUCACUAUGUGGUGAUGCGUUAUACCUCACGCCGCAAUCCCUAUCCUCGCACCGCCUUUGCCGAGCUGCGCAUCACCUUCGAGACGCUGGCCGCUCGUGCUCCUCCUGCCAUCGCCAAAAUCAUUCGCGGGGGCAUUGCCAUUGUUAGCCGAUUGGCGCCGCAGCCAACGCCUGUGCCUCCUCAGUAAGGAGAACAGAACCACUGCUGGAGGAGGACGCUACUAAGGACAUCUAAAUAAGCUUAUUUAACUAUUGUACCAACCCACUCACACAGACGCUCAUUCAAGUGUUUAGGGUUCAUUUGGUUUUAUUUGUUAGUCAAAAAGUUGUUUGCAUUACACCAUUUCCGUAUAGGGGCCCUCACAAAUCGGUUUGUUGUCUUUUUCUUUUACCAUCCGACGCGUUUUGGCAUGUAAUUUCUGAGUAAACUCACAUUUUCACGACACAUA